AUGGGGGGCCGAACGUACACGGCGCGCGUAGAGCUCAGCAUCAAGGUGGUGGACGGCCUGCCCAAACUGAAGCGCACGCUCUGCCACGAGCUCUGCCAUGUCGCCGCCUGGCUGUUGGAUCACUGUGCCAGGCCGCCGCACGGCAACGUGUGGCGAGGGUGGGCUGACCGCGCCCAGCGAGCCUACCCGGAGCUGGAGAUCACCACCUGCCACUCUUACGACAUCUUCUUUCCCCACCGCUGGCAGUGCACGAACGCAGAGUGUGGAGCCACCCUGGGGCGCCACAGUAACAGCAUCGACGUCAACCGAAAGGUCUGUGGGCGUUGCAGGGCACCACUGGAGUAUCUGGGCAGGUUCCAGGCGGACAACACGCCUGCCAAGCCCAGGGAAGCGACAGGCUUCAGCCUCUUCGUCAAGCAGCACUUUGCAGCAGGUCAUGAAGCAGCUCUCGCUGCGGUGGGGAGAGCAGCAGAGGGCCACUGCGGCUGCGUCUACUGA